CAUUUCCAUCUCCUGCAAGGAAGGAAUUUAGAACCCCAUGGCCAAUCAGUCGAAUAUCCGUAGAAUUGUACUGUGCCUGCUUCGAUUUGACCUGUGGGCGGCGGACACAAUCACUGAUGAGCUCAGCGCCUUACAUCGUCUUGAAAACAUAGACUAUCAUUUCCAGCGUAUGUGGAAAGGACUACCACCAGUUGAAUUGCAAGUCCUAGACGAGUGGCUUCGGAGUCCCGAGCUUUACCACAGCCAGCCCCUCUUCGCCUUACGAAAAUAUGUCGAAGGUUUCUCGGAGCGCCAGCUGAACUCGGUGGUUCUGAAUUCAUCUGCGAGGACCUUUUAUACUCGGUUACUCUUCAAACGGAUCUCUAAGCUCGUGGAGCAGAAAGCAAUCAACGGGUUUGCGACACAACACCCGGAUCGAGCAUUUGAAGAGAGUCAAGGACUUCUCAUCGAGCAGCGGCCGGCGACGCGCAGAGAGUAUCUUGUUACCGUCGCUCACAGACUACACGAGACCCAUCUGCGUCUGAAGGCGGUCAUUCGAGAGGCCAAGGUGUUCCGCGAUUAUAUCAAGCUAGCCAAAGAGGCACAAGAUUUAGAGUUUCCUGCUAUGCAGGUUUUGAAGGAGAAGUUGGAAGCACUGAAUGAAUAUUAUGAAGAUUCAUACAGGGAAUUGGGCGAAGAGAUGACGGAAAAGCUGAUGAAUACACUAACUUCUGAGUUUUGGGACGUCAGUCCACAGGUACCGCCCCAUGCGGUGGAUGCCUAUCCAGCACAUUUGCCUUCUCUGAACUUCAUGCUGUUCAACUUUUUCUUCCUUGCAUCUAUACCAGCGUACUUUUGUUUUUGUUCCACUCCGGUCGGCCCUGGAUCGCAUGUAGAUGCGAAUUUCUACCAAUUGCUGUCCAGUAAUGUGCUGCAGGUUUUGAGCAUAGUGACAUUGCUCUGGCCCACUAUCUUUCAUGCAAAAUUAUCAAGAUCGGCGUGGUUUUGGUCUUGGAUGCUUGCUGGAAUCAGUUUGAUUUGUGUCGUCUUGAGCGUAAUCAUGUACCUGUUGGUUUCUAUUGGUUGGAGCUCCGUCUUGAGCCUGUUUGGUGAGGCGAGUAUUUGUGUGGUCAGUUUAAUGUUAAUCUUCCGGGUCUGAUACUCUGUUAGCGUAGAGAGUAGGAACAAUUUUAUCGAGUAUAUUCUCC